AUGGCAACCAAGUUUUACCAGCACCCCCUGGCCUUGGCAUUUGCUGUAGACGAGAUCAACAGGAAUCCCAAGAUUUUGCCCAAUGUCACUCUCGGGUUCCACAUCUAUGAUAGCUACAAUGACGAUAAGAUGACCUACCGUACCACUUUGGAUUUACUCUUUAAAUCACAUAGAUACUUUCCCAAUUAUAAAUGUGACACUCAGAAGAACUUAAUGGCCGUCAUUGGGGGACUUGGUUCCAAAACCUCCUUCCACAUGGCAGACCUUCUAGGUCUCUACAAGAUUCCACAGCUCACGUAUGGAUCAUUUUCACAAGCGAAUGGAGACAAAACUAAGUCCCCUUCUUUUUACCGCAUGGUUCCCAAUGAAGCCCAUCAGUACACUGGGCUUGUCUUGCUACUUCAGCAUUUCAGAUGGACAUGGGUCGGGCUGUUUGUGGCAAAACCGUGGCAGGUGGAAAAAGAGAUGUCCUUCAAUGUCUCCAUCCUUGGCAGGCUGAAAGUUGGAAAAGUGGAUCCUGAGGCUCCAGAAGGAGAAAAAAUGGUCAUCUACGAGGAUAUGAUUGUGUGGCAGCAAAGUUUUAACCAGGUUCUGCCCCUUUCUGUGUGCAAUAAUUACUGCCAUCCUGGUUUUCAGAAGAAAAAGAAAGAAGGGAAGAAAUUUUGCUGCUACGAUUGUGCUCGAUGCCCAGAAGGGAAGAUUGCAAAUUUAAUUGACAUGGAGGACUGUAUCAAAUGCCCAGCAGAUCAAUAUCCGAGCAAGGACCAAGAUCAAUGCAUUCCCAAGACUAUCAGCUUUCUGACUUAUGAGGAACCUUUAGGGAUCAGUUUAGCUUUGGUUGCUGUUUCUUUCUCCCUAAUCACUGUGUUGGUGAUGGGAAUUUUUAUUAAGCACAGAGAUACCCCCAUUGUCAAAGCCAACAACCGGGCUAUCACCUAUGCUCUCCUAGUCUCUCUCCUUCUCUGCUUUGUUUCUUCUUUGCUCUUUCUUGGACAACCUACAAAGAUGACUUGUUUCAUCCAACAAUCUACUUUUGGCCUUAUUUUCUCAGUGGCUAUUUCUUGUGUGCUAGCCAAAACUGUGACUGUGAUUGUAGCUUUCGUGGCCACCAAACCAGGGUCCAGCAUUAGAAAAUGGGUGGGGAAAAGAAUUACCAACUCCAUCAUCUUUCUUUGCUCCCUUAUUCAAGCAGGUAUAUGUAUGUCGUGGCUAGGAACCUUGCCUCCUUUCCCAGAUUUAGACACACAGUCAUUGAAUAGAGAAAUUAUAGCAGAAUGUAAUAAUGGAUCUUCCGUCAUGUUCUAUGUUGUCCUGGGCUACUUGGGACUUCUGUCCCUCAUCAGCUUGACUGUGGCCUUUCUAGCCAGGAAGUUGCCAGACACUUUUAAUGAGGCCAAGUUCAUCACCUUCAGCAUGCUGAUGUUUUGCAGUGUUUGGUUGUGUUUUGUUCCAACCUACCUGAGCACCAAAGGAAAAUACAUGGUGGCGGUGGAGAUCUUCUCUAUCUUGGCCUCCAGUGCUGGUCUGUUUGGUUGUAUCUUUUCCCCCAAGUGCUUCAUUAUUCUUUUGAGGCCCGAGUUGAACAAAAGAGAGCAGAUAAUACGAAGAACGACUUAA